UUAGAGGCAAAAGUUUCUAUAAGCAGUCAAAUUUAUACGUUUGAGAUUAUAUAUGGAAAAAUGAUAAUAAAAAAUCAGAAACUAAGUGCAUAGAAAUUUCUAUAUGCUGAAAAUUUCAGUGAAUGAUGCAAAAACCAUCUCGCGAUGAUAAUAAUUACAUGUUAUGUAGAACGUUAAAAAUGUUGCAUAAGUGCAGUUAAAUGAAAACAACAGGGCGUAACGGAAUAAUUGCAUGAAUUAGAACGGUCAAACUCGAAAUGAUCUAUGAACUAACACCUUUAAAGUACUUCACGACUAAAAGUUAUAGACGUUUUAUAAUUAGACGAAUACAAUUUUAUUCUAUACGUAUAGUGUAACUUUAGAUAUUUUCUCCUAGGCAAUGUUUUAAACUGGAAGAUCGUGGAACGCAUGCACAAAAAAUUGUUUAAUAAAGAUGCGUAGGUUUAUAUCAGCAUACAUACGUUAUGUUAAUAUAAACGUGGAAAUAGUAAAACGUAUAAGAGUGCACGUUAAAUAAAAAGUCAAAUUCGACAAAAUUAUUCUUGUACGUUUAGUUGAAUGAAAUAUGAUCAUCUAAAAUGUAUUUAUCACUAAAAUUAAUUGGAAUAUAACCCGUUGAAAAUUGUAUGAAGUUAUGUUAAAAGCAACAGCAAAAUCAACUGUACAGAUAGACGAAUGCAAUCGUUUAUGGGUUGUGGAUACUGGUCGCAUCGGAGGAAACGCCGUUUGUCCCACGAAAAUAUUGAUCUUCGAUCUUGCGAACGACCAGUUGGUUCAUAAAUACGUGGUUCCGGGUGAUCAAGUGCUAUUCGGGAAGGCAGCAUUAGUUACACCAAUAGUCGACGUCGGAAAAACGUGUCUCGAUACUUAUCUCUACGUGGCGGAUGUGGAUCAAAAUGGCCUACUGAUUUAUGACUUGUAUCACGAUUAUUCGUGGCGGGUAAACAAUACGCGUGGCAAUGCUUUUGGCCCGGAUGACGAUGCCACGAACAUCACGAUCGCUGGAGAAUCGUUCGAUUUAACCGAUGGCACCCUCGGAAUGUCAUUGUCUCCGUUUGGAUAUUUCGACGAAAGGUACCUCUAUUUCAAUUCGUUGGCCAGCUAUCGACAAAAGUUUACGGAUACAUACUCUUUAAAGCAAAGUAAAUACAACGAGCCAAUAGUGUUCGAAUCGAAUUAUAAGCGAGCAAGCCAAGCGGGUGUUCAAGCAACGUCGCAAAGAGGCGUAAUAUUUUUCCAAUUAGUCCAAUUAACGGCGGUCGCUUGUUGGAACAUUGAGAAACCAUUUACACCGGAAAACGUCGUGGUAAUUGCUCAAGACGAGGAAACACUGCAGUACGUGAGUGGCAUCAAAGUAAUUACAAAUAGACAGGGCGAAGAAGAAUUGUGGUUCAACACAAACAGGUUACAAAAGACGAUAAAUAUGACCCUGAAACCAAACGAAACGAACUUUCGUAUAAUCAGAGGGAAAGUCGAUGAUAUUAUCAAAGGGACGAACUGCGAAUCUUCUGGCAUAAAACGUAGAUUCCCAGAUACCAACUUCUGGCACCGGAUAUAAAUCAGAUAAAUUGCAUAUCAAAAGCAUCUCCUUUUCUAUAUGCUCUUACAUAAUGAUUGCAAAAUCAUAGGGGCGUUAAAGAUGUGCUUAAUCUUCUCUGUAAUGGGAUUUGUACAGAAUUGUAAAGCUUUUUGUACAGACGAUAUAAAAUAACUUUCCUCCUAAAAUUAUUCCUAAAAUAAUUUUCGGCCGUUUAAGAUAUUUGAUCAUCUGAGUUCUCAUACGUAAUAAUAUUAUAAUAACGAGUAAUAACUAAUAAUGAAACUUGGUAACUAAUUUUACGUAAUAACUGGUAAUGACCACUGAUAGUAGCUAUUAGUUAUAUAACUAAUAUGUAACUUAUGUGAAAUAACAUUUCCCACAUAAUCUCUUUACAUAAUACAAAAUAAUCUUUCCCA